AUGAAGUUUAUAUUGGGUUGCUUGGCAGCCCUGUCGUCGUUAUGCUUCGAUUUGAGUGCCGCCGAUCCGAACAUUUUACAGCUACAACAGAAGAGGGGCCAUGUAUUGAAUACACCUGCCCGAUUGCAGCGUGCUUUGUCAAAGUAUGGGCUGGAAACCACCGCAUCGCCAACCCUGCUGAAAGCCGCAGCAGGUAUUGUGGAUUUGACAAGUGCAUUUGUCGACGUCGAGUACAUUGGGGAAAUGGGAAUUGGUACACCACCACAGAUAUUUCACAUGGAUUUUGAUACGGGAAGUGCUGACAUAUGGCUUCCAACCAUUGACUGUAAUGGAUGUGGUGGUCAUCCUCUGUUUGAUCCGAAGAAAUCUUCCACGUUUACUGAAGGCAACCAAACUUGGCGGAUCCGGUACGGCGAUGGAUCCACUGUACAAGGGGUUUCGGGUCAGGAUAUAAUCACGCUGGGUGAUAUCUCUUACCGACAGACCAUCGGCUUGGCAAAAAGCGAAAGUACCGAUUUGGCCAGAGAUAUGUUUUUGGACGGCAUUUUUGGUCUUGCUUUUCCGAAUAUUUCACACACGGGGCUGACAUUGACGACCGUCGAGCACAUGCAAGCCACAGGAUCCAUCGCCUCGGCGGUUGUAGGGGUGUGGCUCGGACGUGCAAGAGAUGGCGGGGCCGGUGAAGUGAUGUUCGGUAACACCAAUCCAGACCAUUACGAGGGCGAGCUCAAAUACGUAUCUCUAUCCAGCAGAAAAUACUGGCAAGUUGAAUUAACAGGUAUCCAAAUCAACGGUGAAGAAAUGGUGAAUUCUUCCAUCGAUGCUGUGAUCGAUACAGGUACCACCUUGAUCAUUUUGACCCCCGAGUUAUCGCGCCGGAUCCAUUCCAAGAUCCCUGGAGCCACCUACAACAAUGCUUACGGAUGGCGCAUGCCUUGUCAAAUGAAAGAAGACAGUGCCAACACCCUUGUCACUUUCCGUCUAGGAGAGUACGAAUUCCCUGUUCCCAUGUCCGAACUUGUCCGUGAACGUGCGGCUGCAGGCGGUGAAUUAUGCUACUCGGGUAUCGGUGAAGCAAGAUCCAGUUUUAUCAUCAUGGGUGACACCUUCUUGAGAAGUUACUACUCUGUGUACGAUUAUGAAAAUGAUCGCAUUGGCUUUGCUCCCUCGAAGCUGUAG